GGGAAUUGCAUUCUUCGUUUACCGCCAUGUCGACGUCUGCUCUCAAGUCGAUCGCGAGCCUCCGCUCGAUCGGGAAGGCCACGAGCUUCAACGACCUCAAGUCGACGCUUACGGCGCCGGCGCUUCCAAAGGAGACCACGCGCAUGAUCCCGCAGGUCACGAACGGCGGCGGCGUCGGCGCCAACCUCUGCCUCUUCAUCCUGGCGCUCGUCGCCGCGACGCCGUUCAUCCUUGUGCCAGUGUUUGUGUGCUUGAAGCUCGAUGGCACGGUCCACUGGUCGUGGGCGACGACCUUGAUUCCGCUCUGGAUCUGCAAUGCGCUCGUGCUGCCGUACCUCUAUGCCAAGAACAUGAAGCCCAUCAAGAUCAACCUCAACACGAGCGAAGAGACGCCGCUUGUCGGCAAGGCGGGCGAGAAGACGAUGGCCGAGGAAGCCAUGGAGUCGGCCAACUGCUUUGUCCACACGACGCGCAACUUGGCGCUGCUGGCGUAUCUGACGGCGCAGAUCUUUGUCGUCCUGCGCCUCGACCACGUCGUCGAGUGGCACUGGCUCAUUGUGCUCAUCCCGUACUACGUCGCCAGCGUCCUCUCGUGCGAAGGCUUUGACUUGAUCCAGUCGCUCCUCAUUGCCGCCAAGAUGGACGGGAUGCUCGACUCGACGUGGCUCUUGACGCUCAUGCCGUCGUGGGUCGGCCUCGCCAUCUUCCUCGUCUUCCUUCCGCUCCAGACGUACUGGGCGUUCAAAGCGUCACCCGACGACGACGACGACGUUGAGCCCAAGUCGCGCGCCUUCCGCUUCUUCCUCGCGCUCGGUGUCUUUGUCGGCCUUGUGUUCCUCACGUCGCCGAUCUUUAUCGCGAUCUACCGCCUCGACUACGCGGUGUUCUCGACGUUCUACAUUGCGCUUCCGUUCUUUGUCCUGGUCGGCGGCGCCAUCUUGGCCGGUUUCGCGUCCGUGUUUCUCAUGACGUCCGAGCCGACGACGAGCACCAUUUACGUCCACGCAGUCGCCGACGACGAGUGCUAAUCGUCCAACAACUCGUGUACGUUGAGUAAUACCCAGAGAAUCCACAGUUGUGUUUUGGUAAAUGUC